UUAUAGUGGUCAGUUCACAAGCUAAACAACUUGUCGAGUUAAAAAGUUUUGAUUCCUAAAAUGAUUUAUAAUUUGUAUAUUUUCGACAAAUUUGGAACUCUUUUGUAUUACGGCGAGUGGAACCGAUUGAAGCAAUCUGGAAUCACCAAAGAUGAGGAAUCCAAACUUAUGUACGGCAUGCUGUAUUCCCUUAAAUCUUUCGUCAACAAAAUAUCUCCCAUCGAUCCGAAGGAAGGCUUCCUGUACUACAAAACAAACAAAUACGCACUGCACUUUGUUGAGGUAUCUUCCGGUUUGAAAUUCGUCAUGAACACGGAUACGACAGCGACGGGGAUCAAAGACUUUCUACUGCAACUGUACAGUAAAAUUUGGGUGGAAUACGUCGUACGCAACCCCCUGUGGACCAUAGGAACCCCAGUAACUUCGGACCUGUUCAAAACUAAGCUGGACGAAUUCGUGAAACAAUCGCCCCUGUUUGGACCGAAAGUUAUCUAAAAUUCAACUUU